UGGAAAAGCUAGCUAAGCUAAAAGCUAGUUUAACACUGGCUACUCGAUUACGGCGAGGUCGCCUUUGUCUCACCUCUGAACUACUUGGGAUGCUGGAGCUUGUUCCACAGCCUAACCUUUGUGUUUCGUGAAAGAGACAAACGAAUCCCUGCCAGUAUUAUUUUACAGCAAGGGCUGUGGGUUUUAUUUUUAAUCUAACACUGUCCUAGGAAUAUGGCGGAUGGCGGGCAUUACUACAACGAGCAUGAUGAUAGAACAGCGCCGCAGUUUCGCAGCCGUAAAGGCAGAGGCUCCCACAAGGGUCGGUAUGACAGGUCCCGAAGAGACCGCCAACGGGGAAGCCACUCCGGAGGCUUUGGAGGUCCUGGGCCACGGUCUAGGCUUGACGAUACAGAUGGAGAUGUAACUAUGAGUGACAACUCGCAGGACAACAGCUCCCAGCACAGAUUCAACCCAUAUGGAAGAUCUUUUCGAAAAGGCGAUGGGCGGUUUGACAGAGACAGGCGACAAGGCAAAGGAGGAGGAGGUGGCAGAGGAGGCGGCUUUAGAGGAGACAGGGGUGGAGGAGGCAGCAGUGGAGGAGGAGGGAAACCCCGUUCAGGCUGGUACAAAGUAACGAUACCACACGGAAGAAAAUAUGACAAGAAAUGGUUAUUGACAGCGCUUCAGAACAUCUGUUCAGUUCCCUUCACACCUGUACAGUACCACGUUGACCAUAACAGGGGUCAUUUCUAUGUGGACGAUUCGGCUACUGCCAGUGCCUUGCACAAAUGUUCCCACAAGAUAACAGACUCCGAUGGAUAUAAGGUGGAAGUGCAUGUCAAUCCCAGCCCUCCACCAUCCUUCCUUCUCUCUGACCUGAAGCCUGAACACUUGGAGCACCUGAGGCAAUGCAUGGCAAAGCGUUUUGAUGGCUCCCAGCAAGCCCUGGACUUGAACAACAUCCGAACAGACCCAGACCUGGUGUCUCAGAACAUUGAAGUCAUUUUGAAUAGGAAGACAAACAUGGAAGCUGUCAUCAAGAUCAUUGAAGAAAACAUUCCAGAGCUGACGUGCUUGAACCUGAGUAAUAACCGCAUUCACAAAUUGGAUGAGCUCGCUGAACUGGUGACCAAGGUGCCUCAUCUGAAGACCCUCAACCUUUCCCACAACGAGCUGAAGUCUGACCGGGAGCUGGACAAGAUGAAGGGCCUGAAGCUGGUGGAGCUGUGGCUGAUCAGGAACCCUCUGUGUGACCUCUUCAAGGAUCAGGCCUCAUACAUCAGUGCUGUGCGUCAGAGGUUUCCCCGGCUUCUCAAACUGGAUGGUUUUGACCUCCCACCGCCCAUUGGAUUUGAUGUGGAAACACCCACCACUAUCCCGCCCUGCAAGGGAAGCUGUUUUGGCUCAGACGAAAUCAAGGCUCUCAUCCUUCGAUUCUUGCAACAGUACUACAGCAUAUAUGACUCAGGGGACAGACAGCCACUCCUGGAUGCUUACCACGAUGGAGCAUCAUUGUCCCUCACAACACCUUACUCCACCCAGAACCCCUCUCGGAGCAGUCUAGGAGAGUAUCAUAAAGACACUCGAAACCUGAAGAGGAUCAAAGACUCCACAAUACGGUUUCGACUUCUGAAACACACACGGCUGAAUGUUGUGGCUUUCCUCAAUGAGCUUCCCAAGACUCAGCACGACAUCGCCUCCUUUACUGUGGAUGUGAACACCUACACCAACACACUACUCUCAUUCACAGUGAGCGGAGUCUUCAAAGAAGUUGCUGUCGAUGGUAAAUCCCGAGAGUCCACCAUGGCUUUCUCUCGAGUGUUCAUCACAGUCCCAGCAGGGAGUACUGGCCUGUGCAUUGUGAACGACCAGAUUUUCAUCCGGAUGGCCACAACCGAGGAGAUCCGCCGAGCCUUCGUCGCUCCUGCCCCGACACCAUCUUCCAGCCCCGUCCCCACCCUCACAGCACCACAGCAAGAGAUGCUCACAGCCUUCUCACAGAAGUCUGGCAUGAACCUGGAAUGGUCCCAAAAGUGUCUGCAAGACAAUGAGUGGGAUUUCAACAGAGCAGCACAAAUUUUCACUCAGUUAAAGACAGAAGGCAAGAUCCCAGACAUUGCGUUCAUAAAAUGAAGAAUUGAAGCAUACCUCUGUGAAAUAAAGCAGUUAUUUUAUUUAUGGCUUUUGUUUUUAUCCCUUAUUCUUUGCCUUUUCUUGUAUUAAAAAGGAUAUAGAUGAAGUUGACUAAUGUAAACUAUUGUUUUGUUUUAACAGUCAAAUGUCAACUGUUUGACCCAAAGACUGAUGUUAUGAUACAAUUUUUGGUUGUCAUUGUAACCUUAGUAUUUGGUCAUUUGUAUAGCAAUCACUACAUGUUUUCAUAGGAAUAAAGACAAAUGGCCAGUAGUUUACCUUGUGUUCAUGUUGAUUUGUUGUAUCAUGUUUAACAAUAAAAAAAUAUUUUGUUACACACUUGAUACAUUUC